AUGGCAUCAUCUUGGACUCCAAGGCAAAACAAACUAUUUGAAGAAGCUCUUGCUAUAUAUGACAGGGAAACCCCUGACAAGUGGCAGAAUGUGGCAAGAGUCGUGGGAAAAUCCGUGGAAGAGGUCAAAAAGCACUUUGAGAUCCUCAAAGAAGAUGUCAACCGCAUUGAGCGUGGACAGAUCCCAUUACCUAAUUACACAGGUUCUCAAUGA